AUGAUGAAAAUCUUCUCCAAAAAACCCAAGCCAAAAGAGGUUCUUCGUGAGAGUAAACGUGAAAUGGCAAACGCCACUAGAGGUAUAGAGAAGGAAAUUAGAGGAUUGCAACUUGAGGAAAAGAAGCUAGUUGCUGAGAUAAAGAGAACUGCUAAGACGGGUAAUGAGGAUGCAACUAAAAUUCUAGCGCGCCAGUUAGUCCGGCUUAGGCAACAAAUUGCUAAUCUUCAAAGUAGUCGAGCUCAGAUGAGAGGCAUGGCAACUCACACACAGGCACAGUAUGCUCAAUCUUCUGUUUCUGUUGGUUUGAAAGGUGCUAGUAAGGCAAUGGAAGCGAUGAAUAAGGAAAUGGCACCUAGAAAGCAAGCCAAAGUUAUUCAAGAGUUCCAGAAACAAUCGGCGCAAAUGGACAUAACUACUGAAAUGAUGUCAGAUGCCAUAGAUGAUGUCUUGGAUGAUGAUGAAGCUGAAGAGGAGACAGAAGAUCUCACAAAUCAGGUGCUCGAUGAAAUUGGUGUGGAUCUUGCUUCACAGUUAUCAGCAGCUCCAAAAGGGAGACUCAAAACAAAGAAUACCGAAAAUGUCAGCAGCUCCGAAAUUGAUGACAUUGAGAAGCGUUUGGCAGCUCUUAGAAAUCCAUAA